GACGGCGGUACCGGGGAGGGGGUGCCAGGGCAGCGGCAUCGGGAUGCUCCAGGGUCUACGUGGUCUUGCCGGUACCCGGUUCCCGGUGCGGUGCCGACAGCGCUCGACGGGGCCGGCAACGGGGCUGGUAACGGGGCUGUCGGCAGCACACCGGGAACCGGGUGCCGGCACGGCCCCGGGGCUCCCCGUCCCGUUCUAGGGCUGAGGAGCACAAGGAGGUUAAUUGGUGGUUGAUGGACGGACAGACGGACACCCCCGAGGGGAGGCUGCCCGUCCUGCUGUGGGCUGGGUCCGCGCUGGGCGGAGGGAGCGGGGGCGGACCGGGGCAGGGGGCUGUCCCGGGGGUGUCCGGGGGCGGACCGGGGGGCCAAUGCCGGGGGCGGGGCGGUGCUGCCCUCCCCGGGGGCUGUGGGGAUCCCGGUGGCGGCUCUGACAGCGAAGCCGUCCCAGCGGGCGGCGGAGGCAGCACCGACCGCCCCCGGCCCGGCCAUGUCGGAGUCCGGCGCCCCCGCGGCCGGCGACAAACCGUCCCGGCUCCAGGACCGUGUCCUGGGCGGGGUGCGCUGGGGCCGCCUCCUGGAGCCCCUGGGCUUCAUCAAGGUGCUGGAAUGGCUCUUCGCCAUCUUCGCCUUCGGGGCCUGCGGCUCCUUCAGCGGCGAGACCGGAGCGACGGUGAAAUGCGGCGGCGAAAGCGUAGAGAUGAGCGCCAUUUCUGUCCAGUUCGGGUACCCCUUCAGGUUAUACCAGGUCCCCUUCGAGGUGCCGGACUGUGAGGGCCAGUCGGAAACCCGCACCCUGCACCUCAUCGGUGAUUUCUCCGCUCCUGCCGAGUUCUUCGUGACCCUGGGGGUCUUCUCCUUCCUCUACACCAUGGCAGCUCUGGUGCUUUACCUGCGCUUUCAUUCCCUCUACGGCGAGAAUAAGAAGCUCCCCAUUGCGGAUUUCUGCGUCACCGUCUGCUUCACCUUCUUCUGGCUGGUGGCGGCGGCGGCGUGGGGCAAGGGGCUGUCGGACGUGAAGGCGGCCACGCGGCCCGCCAGCCUGAUCGCCGCCAUGGCGGUGUGCCAGGGCGAGAACGUGGUCUGCAACGCCGGCACCACGCCGGCCAUGGGGCUGGCCAACAUCUCCGUGCUCUUUGGCUUCCUCAACUUCCUGCUGUGGGCCGGGAACUGCUGGUUCGUGCUGAAGGAGACGCCGUGGCAGGCGCCGGCUGCGCCCCGCGACCCCGCGGCUGCCGAGCAGGGCGCCAUCGACAAGCAGUAGCCACUCGGGGGGGUCCCACCACCCGGGGGGUCCCACCCGUCCCCCGGGACCUCGCGCCGGCCGCCAGCCCGGGGACGGGGUGUCGCUGGCCCCGGGGCUGGAGCCGCGGGGGGUAUGGAUGCUAUAGGGGGGUGCGUAACGCUGGGUAGGGGUGCUGCUGCCUGGCUGUAUAUAGGGGUCUGCAUCACCCUUGGUGUCCCCGUGCUGUAUAGGGGGGCUGUAUGUGGAACCCGGGGUGUCCAUGGCUGUAUGGGAGGCAUAUAAAAGUCCUGGGUACCAGCUCUA